CAAAAGCAACUUCCGCUAGUUGCCGGAAGUGACGUCUGAAAGUAAACAGAGGAGCUGUCAGUUGAUCCAGAAAUUAAUAUAUUUACGACUAAGGGAAGCGAUUUAAGAACGGCAUUUUGCUUUUUAUGCAUACAAAGGGACAUUUGUAUGAACUGGUGCACAUUCUAGUAAAGGUUUAACGGGACAGGAGUGACGCUGUCCUGCGAUGUUCACAGACAUGGACUAUGAAUUGGAGGAGGACAAACUGGGGAUACCGACAGUCCCUGGCACUGUGUGUCUGAAGAAAGAUGCUAAUAACCUGAUAGGGAUCAGCAUUGGGGGUGGGGCACAGUACUGUCCAUGUCUCUACAUUGUGCAGGUCUUUGAUAACACCCCAGCAGCUCUGGAUGGGACGCUGGCAGCAGGUGAUGAAAUCACAGGCGUGAACGGCAAACCAGUAAAGGGAAAGACAAAAGUGGAGGUGGCCAAGAUGAUUCAAGCUGUCCAGGGAGAGGCAGUAAUCCACUACAACAAAUUGCAGGCAGACCCAAAACAGGGGAAGUCUCUGGAUAUAGUGUUGAAAAAAGUCAAACAUCGCCUGGUAGAGAAUAUGAGCUCAGGCACAGCAGAUGCUCUCGGACUCAGUAGAGCUAUUCUAUGCAAUGAUGGACUGGUCAAAAGACUAGAAGAAUUGGAGAAAACAGCAGAGCUCUACAAAGGGCUGAUGGAGCACACAAAGAGACUGCUCAGAGCUUUCUUUGAGCUUUCUCAAACCCACAGAGCAUUUGGGGAUGUUUUUUCUGUCAUCGGAGUUCGAGAGCCUCAGGCUGCAGCCAGUGAGGCCUUUGUGAAGUUUGCUGAUGCUCACCGCAACAUUGAGAAAUAUGGUAUUCAGCUACUAAAGACCAUCAAGCCUAUGCUUCAUGAUCUGAACACAUACCUUCACAAAGCCAUACCAGACACAAAGCUCACCAUCCGCAAGUACCUGGAUGUGAAGUUUGAAUAUCUGUCAUACUGCUUGAAGGUGAAGGAGAUGGACGAUGAGGAAUACAGCAGUAUUGCCAUGGGAGAGCCUCUGUAUCGCGUCAGCACUGGUAACUAUGAGUACCGCUUGGUGCUGCGAUGUCGGCAGGAGGCUCGCGCCCGCUUUGCCAAAAUGAGGAAGGACGUUCUGGAGAAGAUAGAGCUGCUGGAUCAGAAACAUGUCCAGGACAUUGUGUUCCAGCUGCAGCGCUUUGUCUCGGGCAUGUCACAUUACUAUGACGAGUGCUACGCCGUCUUGAAGGAGGCGGAUGUCUUCCCCAUCGAGGUGGACCUCUCCCGCACCAUGAUCAACUACGGCAGCCAGUCGCUCUCCUACGCUGAAGACGAGGAGGAGGAGGAGGGAGGAGGAGGCGGAGACGAAGGAGGAAGCAACGUAGGGAGACAAGCAGAGAACGGCGCUGAGAAACUGAUCGAUGACGAAUGAGUGUGUGUGUGUGUGUGAGAGUGUGAGAGUGAAUGUGGUGUUCUUAUGGACGUUAAAUCUGCCCCGCUAACAUAACUGUUCCUCACUUACAAUUUAUGUCAACACUCUCACCAAACGAUGAUCUUUAGAGUGGAACAUAGCAGCUGACAUUGUUAAUACUGUUGUCACAAAGGUGAAUACUACUGAAAAUCGCUGCUAUAAUCCUGUUGUCUGGUCUUUCUGUGGUGUUUUCCUUGUGGAAUACACUCAAAUCAACGGCUUUGUGAUUACCAUAUCAUUUUACUGUUGUGAAUUAUGACUCAACUUUCUCUUUAAACCGUAGACUUCCUGCUUUUGAUGUGACUGUCGUCCACUCAUAAGGUCAUUGCUGAAUGAGUGUGAGACAAACACAACUAACAGAAGGCAACUUUAUUUUAAUGCUGCAGAGGAGGAACUAAAUGCAUACGAGGUGUGCCUUUUAGACUCUUAGUGUAAUGAAGUGUAAUGGGUCGGGGCUGUGUGUCAGUGUGCACAUUGUGGAUUGUUAAAGCUUUACCUUGAUAUUUACAUUUUUAUUUGAUUAUUUUCUUUGCUGUAAACAUUUUGGACAGGGAUUUAUUUAGAAUAGAAUAGAAAGCCUUUUUUGUCAUUGUAGAUAAUACAACAAAAUUAAGAAUACUACUCCUGCUCAGUGCAUUAAAAGAAAAAACAACCUCAGCAAACAACAACCACAGUCAACAACACAGAUUCUAAAAUAAGUACAGUAAAUAAAUACAUAUAAAUAUAUAUAAUACAAAUAUGUUAGUUUGCACUAGAAGAUGUGAGGUGUCACUGCAGAGACAUUUUCUCCUCACCUUAACAAGCAACUGGCAAAUUACACUAAUGGAUCAACAUUUUAAAGGUGUUUGCUGAAGAUGGGGGCUACCACAGAAAUGAUUCUUCCUCAUGAUUCCUACUUGAAGUGUUUGUUACAUGCAACUGUUACACAUCUUUGGAUGUUUUUCCUUCUUCUUAAAACAUUUUAGUUGUUAAACAAGGAAGAGCUUGCCACAGAGUGUCCACCAACAGAGAGUUUCACAACCAAAGUUUUUUUUUUUUAAAUUCAAUCUGCAUACUUCAAGUUAAACUGUGUUAUUUUCCUGUAACACUAACCUUCAUUUCUCACUUCCCCUUAUUCCAGUGGCGCCCAGCCCUCCAGUAGUGUUUUUGUCUAAGAUGAGAAAGUUAUUAGACGAACACUAUAAUAACACUCAGAGCUUUACCAUGCUGUGGAUGUGGACUGAAAUUGCAGACACUACAUGUAAAUAAGAAUGUAUAAAGGGAAAGAGUAUAAAAACUCUGCUGUUGUAAUUUCUCUUGUCAUUCCAACUUUAUUUAUUUUUGUCAAAAUAUAUUUAAAAGAUUUAAUGAUCAGUAAAUUGCGAGAUUAAUUCUGUUACAGUGAAUAUAAUUAUCCACCCGUGUAACUCUGGGGUCUGUCUUUUUUGUUUGUUUAUUUGUUUUUUGUCUUGUGUGAAAUAAGAUGACUUUUGUGCAUUUUGAUGAUUAACUGUUGCAGACGUGUUUGAGGUCAUCACUUGGGGGCAGCAUCACAUCAGAUCACACUGUCCUGCAGUCGGCACUGACUGACUGUGGCUCCUGUUUUGAAGGAUUUUCUUCUGUGUGUUGUUUUUCCAAAUAACUGGAAUGUAUGAAUCAAAGGGACCUACUGUAUUUUUAUUUUAUCUUUAACAGGGCGGUUCAUAGACAUAUUGGCUGGAGUUAACAGGCUUAUUUGGAGUUAAAUUGACUACAUGAACCUUAAAAUGGCCUAAGCAAUGAUUUUUUUAAAACUAUAAAUAAACAUACAAUUAUAACUAAAAAA